AUGGUAUCCAACAUCUCCGGCUUGACAUCUUCCUGCUCUGAAACUUAUCAAGCAGCUGUUCCUAUUGAAAUUAGGACAAAAGAAUUUAGAGACUUUGUUGAUGAGUUUGUUGAUGAAAAUUAUGAAGAUGCGAGGUUUCUCUUGUACGCUCGGUAUAGUCGUAAAAUGAAGAAGUACACUUGGUAUAGUGGAGUUGAGUUGGAAGUGUUUGAUGCGGUUUCAAAUGAAAAAGAAUGCAAAGAUGUGUUGUACCUGGCUAGAAACAGAACCAUCCAAGCAGUUGAAUGUUCUGCCGAUGCUCAAUACUCAGUUCUCUGUAUGGCUGAUUGUCUGAACAUUUGGACAUCACACAAAACCGAAAAAUCCCCAUCAAGUAUUGAAAUGCCAGAAAUAGUCACUGAACAAAACUGCAAAGAAGUAUGUCUAAAAAAUUUGAGUCUGUAUUGUGUGGCGGUAGAAUGGAAGUUAUACUACGCAAGUAGCUUCAAGUGCUACUACGACACUGUCGGCAAUCAAGUAAGGGAGGUGGCGAGUAGGGGCGGAAGUUUUCAAAGAGUUUCACUGAAGAAGUCGGUGAGCAAUGAUGCUGAAAUUAACAACAAAACAUUUGAUAAACAAAACCCAAGAUCAGACAUUAAUGUAUCACAUGAUCUUUGGGAAACUCCCAGUAACGAUAAAAACCUCAAAGACGCUCUCAACACUUUGGAAAUCUCCACAGCCACCCACAGAAUCGUCACCAUCGUCACCACCAUUGCCACAAUCACCAUCAUCAUCAUCACCAUCGUCACCGAAACAAUCAUUAUCUAA